CGUCGCUGAUCUCUGUUUUUCUGGUACUUUAUGGGUUCUUCUUUGUCUAGAACUCGAGGUGAUUCUGGGGUGGGAACUUCUGGUCAAAGAAUCCCCGAUUCCAACUGUGAUUGGGGAUCCAAGUGCAACUGUCCCAAUAACGAGCAUUCCUACUCCGCCGAAUAUAAAAACAAUCUGUAUUUGACCCAAAAAGAAAAUACGAGUACUCGAAACUAUUUGGAAGAAUGGUUUCGGAAGAGGGAAGUGGAGCCAGGAGAGGAGGUUGAGUCAAAAUAUGACGAUCGGAAACCCACUCCCUCAGAUCUGCGUUUUUUCGGUGAAGGAGAUUCCGAUGAGGAACCAAGUGGGUCUGAUUCAUUUGAUCUGGUGUAUGUUGGAGAGUGUGAAAAUGAGAAUGGUGAUGCUGUUGGGUCUCCAGGACAACUUUCAUCUGGUUAUCCCUCCUCAAAGAAAGGAGAAAAGGGAAAAAAAUCGGCUUCAGCGUCUGAUGAUGCUUAGAUAAGUCUGUCUCCUUUCUCCCUUUUUUCAUUUUAUUGAAUGCUGGCUAGCUGUGGAGUCAUAAGGUGGAUGCCAACAACUGUGAUCUGUUGUUGGCCAGGGGUGUUGUUGUUUGGAUGAUGAUGUUGUGAUUAGUUGUAUGGAUGUUGAUGUUAGAUAAUGAUGUUAUGAAAUUGAUAUUGAUAAUGAUGAUUGGAUGAUGGUGUUUCCAUAUGGUUAUGAAAUUUUGUGGAAUGUUGUCUGUGUGAUGAACAUGAUUUGAUGGCUUAAUGUCCCCUGUUUUAUGGUAUGUUUUGUGUAUGAUAAAUAUGAUGCUUUGGUGAGUAUGAGAUUUGAUCAGUAUAACUAUGUUUUGGAUUAGUAAAGGCAUGAAAUGAACAUAAUUUGGGGAUAGGGUUUGGGUUAUUUCAGUCCUCUCAGUGUGGCCUGGUGUUGAAUGCUUAAUGUCCAAGCAUGUCCCUUUAGGAUACAAUAAUGUCCCUUUAUUUGUUGUGAUCGAUGAUGAGUCUUUUUUUUGCUGAGGAACAAGUCCAACUAACCACAAAUGCUCGUGCUGCCAUUAGUAUCAGUAAUGAUAUUUCUCGGGCGCUAAGUGUUUGUGGUUUGGAGUUGUUUUAAUGAUGCUUGGGGACAUUCUGAGAUCAAUAUUAGGAGGUUUGUGAUCUUCAAUGAUGUGAUUGUUGAUAUUCUGAGAUCUUUGUUUUGAUAAUUGUCCUUUAACUUCUUUUGUCGAACGGAGUGAAUGUCAUUUCACACAAUGGAAUGUGAAUAUCAAUCAUUCCGUUCGGCAGAAGAAUGUUAAAGAUAUGAUAGUAUUGAAACUACUUGAUCAAUGAUGUGUGUCAAUAUGUCUGAGAAAUGAAACCCUACAUGUUAAUGAUCUGUUUAAUGCUUCAUGUCCCAUGAAUCAGUGGAGGUCUGUGAUGAGUCUUUCAUUUGAUGAGGUUCAAACCCUAUGUUUUGAUCAGUUCAUGGUGAUCUGAUGCAUUGUUGAUUGUUAUUGUUAUGCUUGAUCUGUGAUGAGUCUUUCAUUUGCUGAGACUCAAACCCAAUGUUCCAAUAACACUUGUGCACCAUUAGCAUCAUUGAUGCUCUUCCGGAGCUAAGUGUUAGGGGAUAGGGUUUGUGUCAAUGAUGCUUGGGGACAUUCUGAGAUCUUAUGUCAGGUUAGACAGGAGAGGCAAUUCAUGUAUUGCAAAACAUGUAUAAUGUGUUUCUGAUAUUCAAUGAUGUUAGUGUUGAUAUUCUGUGAUGUAUGUGUUGAUAACCUGAGAUAUUUGAUUCUAAACAUGUCCCUCACCACCAAUCACCAAAGGGAAUACAGAUCAUGUCACAUCAUUGAUUGAUCUAGUAUCCCCUUUGGUGAAUUGGUGGUGAGGUUGUAAAUCAUUUAGAAACAAAUCUGUCAAUGAUGUAAAACAACUUAACUGAGAUUCAAUGAUGUUGCCUUGUUCAUUGCUUCCUUGUUUUUGCUGCUUUGUUCUUGUUUCCUUGUCCAUUACAUCUUUUGGCACAUCGGCAUCCAAUUGGGAAGAAUUUCCAUCUGAAAAUGAUGUGAUAUGCAUUCUUUCCAUUUGGAUGCCGAUGUGUUUAGAGAUGUGAUGUGAUAAAGUUUUUGUACUUAUGCCUUGUGAUCUGUGAUGAGUCUUCAUUUUAUGAGUGUCAAACCCUUUGUUUUUCAAUCAAACUCAUGCACCAUUAGCAUCCAUGAUGUUUUUCAGGAGCUAAGUUUAAUUGGAAAGGGUUUGAUUCAAUGAUUUUUGGGGACAUUCUGAGAUAUUUAUGAAUCUUUGUUUAUGUGAGGCAUAUUCCAUGUGUUAUCAAUGAUGAAUUGAUUGUUUUUGUCAAAAUUACAUCUUUUGACGCAUCGGUUUCAAAAUGGGAAUAAUUUCCAUCUGAAAAUGAUGUGAUUUUAUUAUUUAUUUCCAUUUUGAAGCCGAUGUGUUUAGAGUUGUGAUAUUGCAAAUGCUGCCUUGUUCUUAAGAACCCAAUGCUGCCUUGUUUAUAGUGUUGCCAAUGCUGCCUUACCUCUUGUGCCUUGUACUUUUUCUGCCAAUGCUGCCUUGUUUAUUGCCUUGCCUUGAUUACUCUAUAUUGAUGUGAAUAAGAAUGAAGAAAAAAAACUUUACUAAACUUAAACAUGAGAUUCAUUCAUUGAUGCUUCCAAAAGAUAUGCUUACAAAAUGUUUUGCCUACAUGUUAUGCUUGCAUUUAAGCUUACAAAAGUGACACAUUGGUUUUACUUGUCAAUUUAAAAACAUGUCCCCAAAACACAAAAAGUUAUCUAAUUGUUUUCACUUUGCUUCACUGGUUUGCUUUCCAUUCAUCAUAGAGUUGCAUGCAUUCAUUAACUGCCCAUAUAGGUGCUUUGACUUGCUCUGGCAGUCUGCCUUCAUCUUCUAAAAUCUUCUUCUUGUUGUGUGGAAGUUGGUAAUCAUUGUUGCCUUUGUGUUUUAGAAUCUCAUUAGAAACAAACUGUAAUUUCAUCCACACAUUAGACAAUGUCUUAGGAUGCAACUCAUUA